GCGCGCCUUGCCCGCAGACCCCACCUCUGGGUUUCGGUCCAGACGGGAUCUGGUGUGGCUUCUCUUGAAUGUCGUCUGAGUUUUGAGCGAAGGCACGCUGGUGUUGCUCUCUCCUCCCGCCUCCUGGCCCCCUCCUCCCUCCCUGCCCACAGCCAGAGCGGGGCGCCUGUGGAGACCGCGGGUCAGAGGCUCGCGUGGGCGCCGCACACGCAUAGCAAGCAGACCCCAGUUUGCUGCCGCUGCUCCGAGAGCCCGGGCUGGGGGCUCAGAUUUGCCCUCCCCCGGUUCUGGAAGCCAGAUGUCCGACCCCAAGGGGUCAGCAGGGCUGGUUCCUUCAGGGCCUGGGGGAGACUCUCCGUCACACCCCCCCGGCUCCUCGUGUCUUCGUGGCAGUUGUUGGCACCCCUCGAGGACGCGUCAUCACCCUGACCUCUGCCCCAUCUUCACGUGGCCUUCUCCGUGUCCAAGCCCCUCCUUCCAAGGACACCGGGCGCGGCACCAGGGCCAGCCUAGCCUCCCGCUUCCCAGCUUUACAGCUGUGUCUGCUGAAACCCCGCCUCCUAAUAGGGUUCCGUUCUGAGAUUCCAGGUGGGUACGGAAUUGGGAGCCCCCGUUGAGGACUGGGACCGUUUUCACGGUGUUCUACAAAUCACGUGCAUCUUGCAGUGUGGGGUACGCAAGAUGGUCUUGAACCUCCCCUUGAGCGAGCGGCAGACCCGUCUGUCCAUUUCCUGAGACAGAUGUGCCGGCACCUACCAGGCUAAUCCCCGCCCCCCUUCAGGAGACACGUGGGCGUCUGGUGUCCUGGGACCAGAUCUGUGCCUGCGGGCGCUGGUGAAAAAGCCUGUUGCCAGCAGCCCUGCGGGCACUGCCUCGGGGCAGCUCGGCGGCUCAGAGCCCCUGCCCGUCGUGUGCGGGAAGGAGCGGCUGUCGAGGUUUCUGCUCAAGCAAGUGUGCGCGGCUUCAGCAGCUUUGGAGGGUUUUUUUCUGCUUUUAAUGGUACCACGCUGAGGCUGUCUUCUCUGCACCAUGGCCUCCGUUUCCUACACCGUCCCGUGCUCCCCCAGGGCCUUUGUAUAUCCACCUGGAGCUUGGUGCUGCGGCCUCCUCAGGGAAGCCGUCCUAAUGCCCGGCCCAGGACAGGCUCUGGCCCCAGAGGCCGCCGGGAACAGCGAUGACUGCCUGUCCCUGGAGGGGCCCCGCUGGACACCGGCCAUCAAGCAGGCCACACGCUGGAAGUACACGCCCCUGGGGCGCGACGCAGCUGGCCGGCUGUGGUCCACGGGCCUAACCACCUCAGACCCCCGUGAGGCCUGGUACACGUUCCCGCGGGCCCCGGACAGCCCCUACCGGGAGGCCCACGGCCACUGGCACAGAUGUCACAGCUGCCGGGAGCGAAGCAUGCCCUCGGCCUGUACCCAGCACCUCCGGGAGACCGCCUGGUACGACCCUGUCCUCCCUGCCCAGUCCAGGAACCCCGGCACACGGUGGGGGAGCACGCUGUGGAGGGACAGACUCAUCCGGGGCAAGGAGUACGUGGUCAACAGGCACCAACACCGGGUGGAGCCACCGUGGCGGUCGGACCACGUGCCGUACCUGUCGGUGCCGCGGCGGCCGUGCUGCGCCACCCAGAGCUACCGUCCCUCCGCCAACCAGCGGCCCCCGCCCGCCCACCUGCCCGUCCGCUGAUAAAGGUCACGCUGCCAGCACCGCCCCUGCAGGGACCCCUGUGCCUCUGACACCACCUCACCCCCCCCGACCCUGUGCAUCUCUCCACUUCUGGGGCCUGGGAGGGUCUUGGGUGGCCAGGCGGCCAGAUAAAGGGAGCUACUGACCGAGA